CCUCUCUAGAUUCCCAUCUCACUUUCUUCGAUAACAUCUGUUAUAAUCCAAAGAGCUGGCUCUCUAAUAGACCUCCGUCAUACUCUUAAUAAGGAUGAAGCUCUCAACUGGAAUCCUCGCUACCAUCGCGGUUGCAGCCGGGAGCGCCGCAGCCUUUGACGUCACCUGCAACAAUAACUUUGUUUCAUACUAUGGUCAGAACUCUGCGCGCACCCAGCAGUCCCUCGGCACCUACUGCCAGGACGCGACUGAGGAUCUUAUCGUUCUUGCCUUCAUGAACGGUUUCCCUAACGUCCUCCUCAACUUUGCCAAUGCCUGUGAGACGACCUUCCCUGGCAGCACUCUGCUGCAUUGCCCGAACAUGGCUGCUGAUAUCAAGUACUGCCAGUCCAAGGGGAAGGCUGUCGUCCUUUCCAUGGGUGGUGCCGCGGGUUCCUAUGGAUUCUCCAGCGAUGCACAGGCUACCACCUUUGCUGAUACUGUUUGGAAUAUGUUCUUCAAGGGUACAGCCGAUCAGCGUCCGUUCGAUGAUGCUGUUCUUGAUGGCAUUGAUCUCGAUAUCGAGGGUGGUGGCGCAACUGGGUACAAGGCGUUCAUUGACCGCAUGCGCUCGCACUAUGCCUCUGACUCAAGCAAGAAGUACUACAUCGCGGCUGCUCCCCAGUGCCCGUAUCCUGAUGCCUACCUUGGUUCCGUGAUGAACAACGCUUGGUUCGACAUGGUCUACGUCCAGUUCUACAACAACUACUGCGGUCUCAAUGCCUACCCCUCGUGGUUCAACUAUGCUGACUGGGACAACUGGGCCAAGACUGUGUCGGUCAACAAGAAUGUCAAGAUCUAUAUUGGUGCUCCAGGCGGCCCGUCUGGUGCCAGCUCAGGUUAUGUCAGCGCAGGCACGCUACAGAACAUUUACAACGAUGUUCGUAGCAAGUACUCGAGCCUUGGUGGAAUUAUGACCUGGGAUAUCAGCCAGCAUCGCACUAGUGGUCUAGGCCCAGCUAUCCGGGCGUUCCUCAAUAGCGGUGGCACCUGUGGCUCGCCUGGUGGCGGUACCUCCACUCUGACCCCUACUACGACUUCUACCAAGACUGCCACCUCGACUCCUGCACCCAGCACCAGCACCAGCACCAGCACCAGCACCAGCACCAGCACCACUUCGUCUGCUCAGCCUACAUCGACGUCACUUCCGAUAUGCCCGGUUAAUGGCGGUCCCUGCACUGGUAACCAGCAAGGAUGCAGUGGCUCCAGCUUUGCUAUCUGCAACAACGGCAAGUGGAUCGUACAGUCGUGCGCUUCAGGAACUUACUGCUACCUCAGUGGAAACACGGCUACCUGCGACUGGUCUAAUGGCCGUCCAACUACUGGCUGCUCUGUAUCAGGCACCACCCUGCGCAAGCGCCAGGAUCUGGUCAAGGUCAGCAAGAUUACCAAGCCCAACCUGCGUCCCAAGCCUGUCAAGGCUGCUGGCAACGUGGCUACCCGUGCUGAGUUUGUCGCUGGCGACAUCGUUGACAACAAGUACUCGACUGUUGUCAAGGUGGCGACCCUGCAGAAUGCCUUCUCUGGAAACUGGUCGAUUUCGUUCACUCUUCCUGCUGGUCAGACCGUGGACACGUCCAGCCGUGGUACUGUCAGCGUGAGCGGCAACACUGUGACUAUCAAGUCUGAUCCGGCAGCGGAGAAGGCCAAGAACAUGGCAGCGAUCUUCAAGAUCACUGGUACUUUCUCUGGCGAUUAUGUUCUGCCCGACACCGGCUCGGCCAAGUUCACCAGCAGCUAAGCGCCUUUUUUCCGACUCAACUUCCGUUGAAAACAAUGUUGCACAUUUACAAGGCUCCUGCUCAAUAUAUCUCGCCAAGAUUAUUUGUGCUCACGAAUGUGACUGAUAA